UCGACGUCGAUCGGCCUGUUGUCGCCCACCCGACGGGACGCACCCCUCUUCACGUUCAGACAAGUGGGUCUCAUAUGCGAGCGGGUGCUGAAGGAACGGGAGACUCAGAUUAGGCAGGAGUACGACGAAGUCCUCAAUACCAAAUUAGCCGAACAAUACGAGACUUUUGUCAAAUUCACUUACGAUCAGAUCCAGAAGCGAUUCGAAGCCAAUUCGAUUCCUAGUUAUCUAUCAUAGGGAAAAAUGCAAUUAGUAUUAUGAAUAUUACAAGAAUUUUUAGAUACAACUCUACAAAAUUGCCAAACAAUUAAAGUGUGCUUUUCUUAUGUGUUAUACUCUCUCCUCUACUCUCUCUCACACUCUCUCUACCUUUCAAUACAUGAUUUGUUUUAUCUCUUAUUAUAAAUUGUAUGCAAAUUAACGC